AUGUAUACGAGAAUACAAAUAUACCUAUAUAUAUAAAGAGAGACGCAAAGUUUGGAAGAAUUGAAAAGAAUCUUCGGACGAAACAGAAGCUCCGAGAAAGUACCUGUUGACGAGAGAAACUUUCUGAACAAUAAUAACUUGUUACUACACCACUCCGACAUUAACUGCAACAACAAAUAUUACCAAUAUCGACAACAACAUCAACUAUACCAAUAAUAUUAACAAGGACCCAGCGUAUAUUUUGGGUACUUAAAAGAUAUUGCAGUCUGUUUCUGUGUGGUUUUUCUCCUUCCAGUCUUAUUAUUAUUAUUGUUGUUAUUAUUAAUAAUAAUAAUACUAUAAACACACGUUUGGGGUAACUUUUUAGAUAACUCAGGUUCACCUCUCAAGCUCCCAUAAAACCCCGCUACUUAAACCAAACGAGACGAAACCCUAAAGAACUUUCAUACUUCCAUUGUGUAUCUCUGAACUCUACUGUCCUAUAGUAAAUUAUAUUAAUCUAUAUUCCAAAUAUAACAUACUUUACGGCACUACACUGUAUAACACAAAGAAACACGCUGUGUUGUUAUAUAUACUGCAACUCCACGGUUUGUUUUUGCAUCUACAUCUCAGCUGAGAUUCAGCGUCCUAACUGUGAUUCACCGAAACAGAUUCAACAAUGGCCACUCCAUCAAUACUGUACUGCUUCUUAAUCUAUGCUGUCGUGCAAAUCAUCUCUGGACAUCAGGCUCGUGUGCCGUACAGGGUGUCAAAUCUGAUGAACGUCGUUCUUCCUCAAAGGUAUAUACCCGUCUGUCCCACGCUCGAUCACGUAUGCGGCCGUGUCUGGAGGAAAGGCAUCUACAUACAACACAUCUGCUCCUGUCCAGGCAAAACACAAUGUUCCAUGGAAUGGGAUGAUAGCGUAACAGGCCGUUCGUUCCAAGUGAAGAAGUACGUCCAAGACAAAUAUUGCGGCCCUGCCAAAGUGGAAAGAGUGUGCGCUCCUAAAGAAAUCUCAUUCAGCGUGGUUUCGGCCAUCAAACCGCAAAGAGAGGUCUACCGCCAAGGUGUCGUCUGCUUGUGCAAGUCUCCAUACGGGGUUCACCAGAAUGCCAUCUAUGAACUCCGAGACAGAAACGAUUUAAAAUAUGUGCACGUCUUUUCUUGUGGUAAAUUACCGAAAUGCACCCGACACGAACCCUGCGCCCAAUAUUUCACCAACAUCGAGAACGGACGUCGUACAGAGAACUUCAUUGCCCGUGUCAACCUGUGCACUUGCCCUCGUCCUCAGCACUGCAUCAAACCCCGAACCAAAGUCCGCCAGGAGGAGCUGCUUGGCCCAGGGAACAUACCUUAUGAUCUUCAUUACUGUUCAGCCUGAUUUUUAAGCAAUCAUUAAUAUCUAUUGUACAUUUGUUGGCUCUGAUAGGCUUCCAUACUUACAUACAUACAUAUAUGCGUGCAUGCAGGCAUACAUGGAUGUUUUCAUACGUACACACACACACACACACACACACACACAUAUAUAUAUAUAUAUAUACGCACACAAAUAUAUACAUAUCCCUAUAUAUAUACAUACAUAUAAAAAUAUACACACACACACACAUAUAUAUAUAUAUA